AUGCUUUUUAGCACAGCAGUUCGUGCUCAUGAGAAGCGUAAGCAGGGGCUAAAGGCUGUUCACGAGUCGGAAACUCGUGCGGCGUUGGACAGGGUGCCGCAGCUCGCCAACGUCCUUGUGGACCUUGCUAACGCCGACGUGUCGCGGAUCUACGAGCUGCAGUUGGAGAUCGAGCAGGAGGCUCGGGCCGUGCGGGGCGAGGUCGCUGCUCUGGAACGCCGUCUGCAGGAGGUGGCGGCGGCGGUGCGCCAGCUGACCGACGGCCUCAAGCUGCUGGGCGACUUUGAGAACUACGUUCUUGUGUUGGGGGAAAAGGCGGUUGUUGGCCCCACACCAGCACCAGGGGGCGCCUCACCGGGGAGGGGGGCAGUGUCGGGUUGGGUCGGUGUACACAGACACACACAGACACAGACAGACAGACGAACGGACGGACAGACAGACUUUCCGUGCCUGAUGGACGCCGCUGCGGUGCGGCGCAUCGUGGAGUCAGUCCGGGCGCAAGCGCGCCGCAGCGCCGCGGUGCGGCGGGCGGCUGGCCGCCUGUCGUACGACCUGAUCGUCGUACUGUGCGGCUUGCGUCCGGCAUUUCUUCUUGACUACGCGCCCGUUCCGCUGGAGGCGGUGAUGGCGGUGGCGGAGGCGGCCUCGGUGGCGACUUCAUCGCCAGUUGCAGUGCUCACCUUGGCGGGUUGUCACCUGGUGGGCCGGCUGGACCGACUGCUGGGGCAUGUGCGGGAGCUGCAGGUGCACCUGAGGCGGCUGCUGGGGGCCCCGCAGCCGCCUCCAGAGCCACAGCAGCAACAGCCACAGCAGCUCCAGCCACAGCGCCAGCCACAGCAGCAGACAAGGUCUUUGUGCGGUGACGGGGAAAGUCCGCAGCGGGAAGAGGCGGUAGAGCAGCAGCAGCAGCAGCAGCGUGGGGAGGCGGCGGCUGGGAUUGCGGUGCGGGAUGAUGAGCUGCAGCAGGUAGCGGGCAGCUCGCCCCAUGCGCGCCUGGUGCCCCCCGAGGAGGCGCAGGCGGUGGCGACACAGCUCGACCCGCUGCGGAAAGCCCUCGAAGCCGUUGCGGCUGCGGCAGCUGCUGCCACCACCGAGGCCGAGGCACACCACCUGCUCUUAGACGAGCUACCGGAUCUGCCGUUGCAACCGACGCUCCAGGGGCUGCUGCUGGGUUACCCGCUGGUGUACGACGUGCGGAGCCGGGAGGAAGCUGCCGCCGCCAGCCGCUGCCUGGCGACGCAGGGUCUGGUGCUGUACCGCCUGGUCGCACCGGCGGCGGGGGACCUGGCGGCGAUGAUGUUCGGCGAUGAUGUUGGCGUCUCAGCCGCCACCGGCUCGCGCGGUACCCCGCCUGGUAGCGCCGGUGACCGCUGUGGUGCCAUCGGUGCCAUCGGUUCCGCAGGAGGUCAAAAGCUAAAAGCCUGGGGACAGCCUCACCAGCACCAGCACCAGCACCAGGGCCGAUCCUCGGUGCAAAUGCCGGAGAGGGACAUGGAGACGCUGUGUGGGUUUUCGGUACCGCGGUCCCUGGCGGGGGAGCCGCAGGUGGCUGCGGCAGUGCGGGGGUGGUAUGCGCAGCUGGCAGCGCGACUAGCCUCCGUGGGAAGUGCGUGUAGCGGUGGGGCCGGCGCGGGCGGGACGGCCUCCCCCUUCCCUUAUCUCGCGCGGUGA